AUGGCCAAAGCAAAACGGCACGCCGGCCGGUCAAACUCGACGGCGGAGAGUCAAGGAAUGACGGACGAGACAGUGAUAAUUACAACUAUUGAGGAGGAUGAAAAUCCAGCUGAGGAGAAGCACGAUGAAAUCCAUCGGGAGGAGAAUGAGAAACUAGAACUGAAGGUACAGAUUCAAUCAUCGGUGAUGAAGAAGGAGGAGGCAGAGAAACCUUGGGUGAAGGUGAUUCAAGGUAACUGUAACCUUAACUGUGGUAUGAUUGUGGAGUUCAUUGCUCCUACAAUCAUUAAUGGCGAGAUCAAAAUUGUAAUCAAUGAGAGUGACGUUGCCGAGGAACUUGAAUUUUGGGAGAAUGUUGUAAUUUAG